GAUAAAAAUGAAAAGCAGCUUUGGCCCUGUCAUCAGUUGUCCUGCAGGGACCCACAGACCGACUGAAAAGUGUGUGGCAGGGUUUGGAAUGACGUCCCCUUCACCGAGCGGCUACUUCUUUAAAAACAGAUGGUCUUCCUCCUCCUGCCGGACGAGCAACUUCUUCAGUGCGGACGCCAUCAGCAGAUGUCUGAAGGGAAGGAACCUGAAACUCAUGGGAGACUCCACUGUGCGCCAGUGGCAAGAGACACUCCUUAGAGUGCUAAAAGGUCUGAAAUAUGUAAAACCAUAUGAUACUCAUUACUAUGCCCUGGCUGCGGACCCACAAAGGAACAUCACUGUCCAGUGGAAGAUGCACGGGCAUCCUUUCGUCACUGGCUACAACGUGGUCAAAGAUGCCGUGGGGUACGUUGCCAGAGAAGUAGACAGAGUAGCGGUUGGCGACGUGGUGGUCAUUGGAGUGGGACAGCAUUUUAGGCUCUUCCCCCUGGAGAUCUUCGUCCAGAGGCUGAUCAACAUGCGUAAGGCCAUCCUGAGACUCCAUGAACGCAGCCCCCAGACCCUCGUCAUCAUCAAGCUGGAGAACACCAGGGAGUUCACCUCAGAGAUGACCCACAUGAGUGACUGGUUUGGCCUUGUGCAGAACCUGGCUCAGAGGAAGGUGUUCAGGGACCUGAAGGUGGUGCUGGUAGACGCCUGGGACAUGACAACAGCCGCCAACACCUUCGCCAUCCACCCUAACAGCAUUAUUGUUUCCAAUGAGAUAGCCUUAGCUUUGUCACACCUCUGUAAUGAUUAA